CAGCGAAUCACCAGCGUCCAAUAGCGGAAAGCGUGCAGGGAGUUGUUGUAGCUCUCGCCACGACCAUGCCUGCUUACUAGCAGACUAUAAAGAUGAGACGAUCACUGAUUUUCUCUCAUACAUCUGAUCUGUUUACACUUUAGCAGCGACACGUCACGACAAGCCGAAAUGAAGACACUGGUUGUUGGAGUUGGUGGGAUGACCAAUGGAGGGAAAUCUACUCUUUCUGUGAGUCUGCACCAGCACAUUCCCAACAGCUGCAUCAUUGCGCAGGACUCCUAUUUUAAGGAUGACUCUGUGGUGCCAGUGGACAGCCAUGGCUUUAAGCAGUAUGACAUGCUCGAUGCUCUCCACAUGGACACCAUGAUGAAUGACAUCAACUCUUGGAAGAGAGAUCCUAAGGUGUUCCUGCGGCAGUGCGGCUUGAUGUCCGAGCAAACAGGCCCAUCAGAUGAUGAGGAUAUAUUUGUGCUGAUAGUGGAGGGGUUUCUCAUUUUCAAUCACAGGCCUCUGAAUGAGUUAUUUGACAAAAGGUACUUCAUGGAGAUACCUUACGAAGUCUGCAAGAAGAGACGAAGUUCGAGGGUGUACAGGCCUCCUGAUCCUCCUGGAUACUUUGAUGGACACGUGUGGCCGAUGUACCUGAAGAACAGGCGAGAUAUGGAGAGCUGGGUCUCUGGAAUUGUGGUUCUUAAUGGACUGAAGACAAAGGAAGAGCUGCUGUCUGCUGUGUGCAAAGACAUUUAUCAGGAAAUAAAAAGAAUAAUGGUUUGUGUGUUUUUCGUUCUCAGAGAAGAACUGAAGUGGCCGUAGCUGUGUUUGUGUAACCUCUGACGGCAGACUGCUGCUCACAUGGACGCCAGGAACAUUUUUAAUUAAAAAAGAAAGGACCAAACCAAGUGUUACUUAAGAGUAAUGUGAAUGCACAUAUCCCUUUGUACUAUCUUUUAAUAGUAAGUUUUGCUGAAAAAGUCUAAAAGGUUUAGAAGAGAAAUAACGGAUGCUGUAGCAUUUGAAGUUGUCCAGCUGGAGACUGGGCAGAAACUGUGGAAUCACAUUAACCUGAUGUCUUUGUGUGAUACUAAUGGAAGUAUUUAAAAGUUAGGAAAACAAAGGAGAUGAUGUUUGUUUUUUUUCUCUACCUUGUAAAUAAGCAUUCAUUUAAACUUGUAAUUUAACACUAGAUGACAGAAUACUAACACAUGCUUUGUUAGUUCAGAAGACUUUCUCAUUCAUAUUAGUAUGGAACAUUAAUUAUAAUAAACAAUAAAACAUUUCAUAAUGUGGUUUCAGUGAA